AUGAAGACCAUUGGUAUUAUCGGCGGUAGCACGGACUUGGCCACGGUCGAGUACUACAAGCUGAUCAAUGCUAAAGCACGUGAACGUCUGGGUGGCCUUCACACGGCCAAGAUCAUCAUCAAUUCGAUGGACUUCGCGGACAGCGCGCAUCUUGUGCAGAACAAUCUUUGGGAAGAGGGCGGCGAAAUGCUGAACGGGAUGGCUCAAUCCCUGGAGAGAGCAGGGGCGGAAAUGCUGCUUUGCGUCUCUAACACGUGGCAUCGCGCAGCAGCGACUUUCAUGCUCGGGCUCACUAUCCCACUUCUACAUAUCGUCGAUCCCACUGCCGAAGCCAUCAAGGCGGCCAACCUGAGCAAGGUGGCCCUUCUGGGCACAAAGGCAACCAUGUCCUCUUCGUUUCUGUGCGAUCGCUAUCACACAAAAUUUGGAAUCGACGUCAUUGUUCCGGAUAUGGAGCAGCAGGAUAUCAUUGACCGCAUCAUCUUUGAGGAACUGGCGUGCUUUGUGUUCAGGGAAACAUCGCAGCAAGCAUACCUUCGCAUCAUCGAUGACUUGUCGUCCCGAGGCGCGGAAGGGGUGGUACUGGGCUGUACUGAAAUCCCACUACUCAUCCAUCAAGACGAUCGGCCAUCGUUGCCAGUGUUUGAUACGCUUCGACUACAUGCUGAAGCAGCGGUCGGAAUGGCGCUUCAGAGAUGAAGCAGCCUACUUCCUCCUGUCCGUACGGCUCCACACCAAACCUAUUUGUUAGGUGUUGCGUUCCAGGUUAUCCCGUUGCCUCGUUGGGGUCUCGUCUGCUUGCCGUUCAUCCAUGCCGACAAUGCCCAGGACGGAAUUCCUUGCGCUUCUAAAUAUGGCGAGAAGCUAGGACAGAAGCCUGAAUCGGGUUCUUGGGUCUGCACGCUGGAUGUGCCCGCACGCGAUGCGCAGAC